AUGCAUCUGGCAUUGAGCCUCUACUCUUGGCUCCUCCUGCUGCUGAUUAUCCUACCUGCCCAAAUCAACGCCGAACUCACCACGGUUACCUACCCACUCACCACCGUUACUCGCCCACAAUUGAUCAUCACCCACGCGGGCUUUGCUACUACCAGGCCAGCCACUACAUUCACCUGGGGACCUACCACUGUUACUGGCAGAGUUAUGCCCAGCAUUGUCAGCACGAAGUUCUCCACUACCACUUUGCCGGCGACGACGAAAACUUUGCCACCGACCACUUAUACCUACCAAGACACCACUCUCUCCAGGGCAGCUACGACAUUUGUUCGUUCACGGGCCACCACUAUCACCGAGGAACGAUUGAUCACCGCCCGCGAUGUGUACAUGAGCGGAGAUUCUGACCUGUGGGUGGCGGCGACAUUGGUCUAUACGUCAGACUUUUGCAAAAAGGGCGGCGCGUAUCAGAAUUGUGCACGGUCGGCUUAUGAUCAUGUUUUGAGCCAGGAGGUUGGUGGUCCGACAGCGACUGACAGUGCAGCGGACGCGGGUAGUGGAGUAAAAGUUGUGCCUACUACUGUGUCCACCACACCCACAGUUUCAACAGCUCCUGCUGGGUCUCCGACGGGCAUCCGCAGCGGGACACAAACAACGCUCAACACGGCGUCGACAUCUCCUACUACUAUAGCGACCAGUCCCGCCACUGUAUCAAGCACUCCUACAACGACAUCAACCACGUCUACCACUGUGUCAAGCAUUCCCUCUACUCCAGCAAGUUCCGCCACUGCUUCAACUGCCCCCACAACCCCAGCAGAGUCUAGCAAUGCGGCUCAGGCGAUGACGGCCGUGGCAACUGGUACUGGUACUUUCGCGUUCGAACCAGGCUCAAGCAAUGUUACCACGACAUACCAGCCAGUGACCUCAUUACCCUCAGCACACUGCACCGGCUCGCCUAUUGUUCAAGGAUGUCUACCUACAAGUCAGUGGAGUGUAUUUCCUACUUACAUCUCGUCGUUGAAAUCAUGGUCCUACUACACAAUCAGCAAUCGCACUCAGACUGCGAAUGCAACCGGCAGUGGCUACGUCGUGACCACCUCGACGGCUGAGGGAUCUCUAGACACCGCAAGCUCCUCCGCCACUGGCACAUCGCCUUCUACGAUCGAUACCACGAGUGGCGGCACUUCCGCGCCUACCCCGACAUCCGUCACGAGCACGACGAGUAGUGCUGUGUGA